UUGCCAUUAUAGGCCAGGAGUACCUGGUGCUCCCCUGCCAGGAAGAGCAAUUUUGUCUAUGAAUGGAUUGAGCUAUGGUGUUAUUCGGGUGAAUACAGAAGACAAGAAUUCUGCUCUCACAGUGCAAGAUGUUGGACAUGUAAUGCCAGGAGGUGUGAUGUGUAUAAUAAAGCCCGAAGGUGUGCCUCAGUUAUGUAAAAAACGAUGAGAUUGGUGAGAUCUGUGUCAGUUAUAGAGGAGGAGGAAUUUCCUACUAUGGAUUGACUGGAGUCACAAAGAAUACAUUUGAGGUCUUACCAGUUAGCGCGACUGGGACCCUAGUCGGAGAUACUCCUUUCACAAGGACUGGAUUACUGGGAUUUGUAGGACCUGGAAGCCUUGUGUUUGUAGUAGGAAAAAUGGACGGGACUCUGAUGGUGAGCGGACGGCGGCACAAUGCGGAUGACAUUGUAGCAACUGCUUUGGCCGUGGAGUCAUUUAAAACCUUGUACAGAGGAAGAAUUGCUGUGUUCUCGGUCACUGUUUUCUAUGAUGAAAGGAUAGUGGUGGUGGCAGAGCAGCGACCUGAUGCCUCUGAAGAAGAUUCAUUCCAGUGGAUGAGUCGUGUUUUGCAGGCCAUCGAUAGUAUCCACCAAGCGGGAGUGUACUGUCUUGCUCUUGUUCCUGCUAACACAUUGCCAAAAACUCCACUUGGAGGAAUCCACUUAUCCCAAACUAAACAGCACUUUCUGGAAGGCACCUUGCACCCAUGUAACAUCCUCAUGUGUCCUCACACAUGUGUAACUAAUUUGCCAAAGCCACGGCAAAAGCAACCAGGAGUUGGUCCAGCCUCUGUUAUGGUUGGCAAUCUGGUUGCAGGAAAGAGAAUAGCUCAGGCAUCAGGGAGGGACCUUGGACAGAUUGAAGAAAAUGACAUGGCAAAAAAGCAUCAGUACCUGACUGAGAUCCUUCAGUGGAGAGCACAGACAACACCUGAGCACAUUCUCUUCAUACUCCUUAAUGCCAAGGGAACAGCUAUUUGUACAGCUUCCUGUCUGCAAUUACACAAGAGAGCAGAAAAGAUAGCUGCAACUUUGGUGGAGAAAGGGCAUCUCAAUGUUGGGGAUAAUGUGGUGCUUCUGUAUCCUCCUGGAGUUGAGUUGAUUGCAGCAUUUUAUGGGUGUUUAUAUGCUGCUGCAUUCCAGUAACGGUCCGGCCUCCACACGCUCAGAACCUCACAGCAACCUUACCUACAGUGCGAAUGAUUGUAGAUGUUAGUAAAGCUUCCUGCAUUCUCACGACACAAACUUUAUUGAGAUUACUAAAGUCCAAAGAUGCGGCAGCAGCGGUGGAUGUGAAAACAUGGCCAACCAUCAUAGAAACAGAUGAUUUGCCCAGAAAGCGAAUACCUCUGAUGUAUAAACCGCCUACACCUGAAAUGCUGGCCUACCUCGAUUUCAGUGUUAGCACCACAGGCAUGCUCACAGGGGUCAAGAUGUCCCAUGGAGCUGUAAAUGCACUUUGCCGGGCGAUAAAGCUGCAGUGUGAGCUGUACUCCACACGUCAGAUCGCCAUUUGUCUGGAUCCAUAUUGUGGGCUUGGCUUUGUACUUUGGUGCCUUUGCAGUGUUUACUCUGGUCAUCAGUCUAUAUUAAUUCCUCCUAUGGAGUUGGAAUCCAACCUUUGCCUGUGGCUAUCUGCUGUUAGUCAGUACAGGAUUAGGGACACAUUCUGUUCUUAUUCUGUAAUGGAGAUGUGCUCUAAGGGUCUUGGAAACCAGAUUGAGGUGCUAAAGACAAAAGGAAUAAACUUGUCCUAUGUGCGGACCUGCGUAGUGGUGGCAGAAGAACGUCCAAGAGUUGCUCUCACAUAUUCCUUUUCUAAGCUUUUCAAAGAUCUUGGUCUUUCUCCUCGUGCUGUCAGUACCACUUUUGGAUCAAGAGUAAAUACUGCUAUAUGUUUACAGGGAACCUCAGGGCCAGAUCCUACAACAGUGUACGUGGAUCUCAAAUCCCUUCGGCAUGACAGGGUACGAUUGGUGGAAAGAGGAUCUCCUCAGAGUCUACUCCUUCUGGAAUCCGGAAAGAUUUUGCCUGGUCUUACAGUGAUAAUUGUAAACCCAGAGACCAAAGGGCCCCUCGGAGAUUCUCAUCUUGGUGAGAUCUGGGUGAACAGCCCCCACACAGCCAGCGGAUAUUACACGAUCUAUGACAGUGAGAGUCUGCAGGCUGACCAUUUUAACACCAGGCUAAGCUUUGGCGACACACAGACACUUUGGGCAAGAACCGGUUACCUGGGCUUCGUGCGCAGAACAGAGCUGACAGAUGCAAGUGGAGAACGGCAUGAUGCCUUGUUUGUUGUUGGAGCACUGGAUGAAACACUGGAGUUAAGAGGACUACGCUACCAUCCUAUCGAUAUUGAGACCUCUGUGUCACGCACACAUCGGAGCAUUGCAGAAUGCGCUGUGUUCACAUGGACCAAUCUUCUGGUGGUGGUUGUGGAGCUUUGCGGCUCUGAGCAAGAGGCUCUGGAUCUGGUUCCUCUGGUGACCAACGUUGUGCUGGAAGAACAUUACCUGAUCGUAGGUGUGGUGGUGGUGGUGGACCCAGGAGUCAUUCCAAUAAAUUCCAGGGGAGAGAAACAACGGAUGCACCUAAGGGACAGUUUCUUAGCUGAUCAGCUAGAUCCAAUCUAUGUUGCAUACAACAUGUAA